AUGAGGAAGCUACCUGAUCAGGUUGUUGCUGACAAGGACUACAAGUCUAGUUCUGCAUUUGCAUUGCUUUGGAAUUUGUGCCGUGACUUCCUGCCUGAAAAGAUCAUGGAGGAUUUCGAUGUAUUCCUUGACCAUUGCAAUAUGGUUCGCAUGAAAUCUGGUCAGGGAGCAGCAUCAGAGUUUAUAGCAGGGGAGGGUGUCGGAACCCAUGGAGAAUACAUGGUGUGUGUUGGGGAUGCUAAAUUUAUUUUCCAAGAUGCAGAGAUGGCUCCACCAUCUGGUGUCUUUGGUCAAAAUUAUUCAAGUUCUACACAUGUGGAGUAUCAACCCCACAUGUACACAUUGGCCUGGACAGUCAGAAGAGAUCACCCCUCUGAUGCAGGGGGGCACUUUUAUAUCAGAACAUAUGGGAUUUGCAUACAGGCUGCAGCAAACAGUCUUGUUGUUUGGAGGCCUGCAGAUGUGCAUGGUACAAGCCUUCAAGACCUGGAUCCUCACUUCAGUCACCCACCUUGA